AGGAGCAUCUCUGUUCAGGUGACAGUAGAGAUAAGGAAGUAGCAGGAAUUGCGUGAGUUUGGAUUGCGUGUUAACAUCAGAGCUGAGAGAUCAGAAUGCUGUCAGUCCCACAUUCUUCUGAUUGAAAGCCUGAGCUCAGCUUCCUCCUCUGGUCGUCUGUCAAGAACUGACUCGAAGCGUUUGGUCAUGUCUGCAGGACCUCAGCUGUCAGAUCCACCAAGAUGACGGAUUCAGACCCGAUCAGAGUCCAGGGUCCAGGAUCCUGUAGUCUCUUCAGAAUGAAGGACUGGUCCAACAAUCAGCAUCCAGACUCCAGAGAACCUGGACUCUCAGACUCAAGGACCUCAGCUGUCAGAUCCACCAAGAUGACGGAUUCAGACCAGAUCAGAGUCCAGGGUCCAGGAUCCUGUAGUCUCUUCAGAAUGAAGGACUGGUCCAACAAUCAGCAUCCAGACUCCAGAGAACCUGGACUCUCAGACUCAAGAGAUGAACUGCUACAGAGAAUCAAGUCAGACAGCAUCUAUGCAUUAAGAAGACUGAACUCCAAAGAGAGAAACCCACCAUACAUGAGUCAACCUGGACCUCCAGAUGCUAAAGAUCAACUACUCACUCAGAAAAGUCCGUCGUCAGACAGCAUCUAUGCAUUAAGAAGAUUAAACUCCAAAGAGAGAAAUCCACCGUACAUGAGUCAACCUGGACCCCCAGAUGCUAAAGCUCAGCAGAUUGAACUGAGGAGCCAGUCUGCAGAAUCCAGAUGUUGGUCCAUGAAGAGCAACAACUCCAAAGAGAGAAAUCCACCCUUUAUGUGUGAAUGUGGACCACCGGGCUCAGAAAAGGCGAUCCCUGUUUGUGAGGAGAAGCGGCCGUCCUGUUGUGCUCUGUGUCAGAACAUCCUGAAGGACCCGAUCUCCAUCAGCUGUGGACACUGGUUCUGCAGAUUCUGCAUCACCUCAUCCUGGGACCAGUCUGCUCCAUCAGGACUCUUGUCCUGUCCUCAGUGUGGCAAAAGACCAAGAACUGCAGAUGUUGGUCUCCAGGAGCUCUUAGAUGAACAUCAGAUCAGUCUGAGGAGGAAAUGUGAACAUGCAACUGAAGAAUCAGGAAGAGAAUCUCUCCUAAACCUGAUCUACACGGAGCUCUACGUCACAGACGGACUGAGAGAAGUUCAGACCCAACAUGAGGCGAGGCAGAUGGAGACCUCUUCCAAGACCAACAGGCUUCAUGAUGCUCCAAUCAGGAACCAGGACAUCCUGAAACCUUUACCUGACCAACAUGGACCCAUCAGAGUGGUUCUGACCAGCGGCGUCGCUGGAGCUGGAAAAAGCUUCUCGGUGCAGAAGUUCACUCUGGACUGGGCCGAGGGCUCGGAGAACCAAGACAUCAGUGCUGUGGUUCCUCUUUCCUUCAGGGAGCUGAACCUGAUCAGAGAUGAGCAGCACAGUCUUCUCACUCUGAUCCAGCGGUUCCAUCCAACGUUCCAGAAGAUCCCAGCAGAGCAGCUGUCUGUCUGCAAACUUCUGUUCAUCUUUGAUGGUCUGGAUGAAAGCAGACUUUCUCUGGACUUCAGCAACAGUCCAGUGGUGUCUGAUGUCACCCAGAAGUCCUCCAUCAAUCUGCUGCUGAUAAACCUCAUCCAGGGACGUCUGCUUCCCUCAGCUCUGGUCUGGAUCACUUCCAGACCUGCAGCAGCCAAUCAGAUCCCUCCUUCAUGUGUGGACAGACUGACAGAAGUACGAGGCUUCAAUGAUGCUCAGAAGGAGGAGUACUUCAGGAGGAGAUUCCCACAUGAAGAGCUGUCCAGUAGAAUCAUUGCCUACAUCAAGGGCUCCAGAAGCCUCUACAUCAUGUGCAGCAUUCCAGUCUUCUGCUGCAUCACUUCUGCAGUUCUGGAGGAUUUCUUGACCACAGAGCAGAGAGGAGAGCUGCCCAGCACUUUAACCGACAUGUACUCAAGUCUCCUGCUGGUUCUGGCAAAGAGACGGAAGGAGAAGUACCAACAAGGACAGAGCUUAAACCAACAAGAGCUGAAAGAAACGGAUGCUGAAGUUCUUCUGAAGCUGGGGAUGCUGGCGUUUAAUCAUCUGGUGAAAGGAAAUGCCAUUUUUUAUGAAGAAGACCUGCAGCAGUGUGGUCUGGAUGUUGCAGAGGCCUCUGUGUUCUCUGGAGUUUGUACUAAGUUCUUCAGAAAAGAGUGUGGAGUCUUUGAGAAACCGGUCUACAGCUUCAUCCAUCUGAGCGUUCAGGAGUUCCUGGCUGCAGUCUACAUGUUCCACUGUUACACCAACAAGAACGCAGAAGUGAUGGAGGACUUCCUGGGGAAUGACUGGGAUCCUGUAGGGUUCUUUGAAAAAGCCUGGCAAUCUGUGGGCUUCCUGAGGAACCAGAGAAACUCAUCUCCUGAACUGUUUCUCUGCAAAGUCAUGGAGAAAUCCCUGCAAAGUAAGAACGGACAUCUGGACCUGUUCGUCCGCUUCCUCCACGGCCUCUGUUUGGAGUCAAACCAGAAAAUAUUAGCAAGUCUUCUGGGAAAAACAGACAGCAGUCCAGAAACCAUCCAGAGAAUCAUCAACAACCUGAAGAUGAUGAACAGUUUUAAGAUGUCUCCAGACAGAAGCAUCAACAUCUUCCACUGUCUGAUGGAGAUGAAAGACCUCUCCGUUUAUAGAGACAUCCAGGAGUUCCUGAGGUCAGAGAACAGAGCAAACCAGACACUCUCAGAGAUCCACUGCUCCGCUCUGGCCUACAUGCUACAGAUGUCAGAGGAGGUUCUUGAUCGGCUGGACCUGAACGAGUACAACACCACAUUAGAAGGUCGACGGAGGCUGAUCGCGGCUGUGAGGAACUGCAGGAGGGCCCGACUUGCCGGCUGUGGGCUCACACUGACAGACUGUGAAGUCAUAGUUUCAGCGCUGAAGUCCAACCCGUCCCAUCUGACAGAACUGGACCUGAGUAACAACAUCCUGCAGAGCUCUGCGGUGAAGGUUCUGUUUGCUGGUUUGGAGAGUCCAAACUGCCGAUUGGAGACUCUGAGGUUGCAAAACAUUAGGUUUUCAGAGAUCAGCUGUGCUGCUUUGGCCUCAGUUCUGAAGUCCAACCCGACCUAUCUGACAGAACUGGACCUGAGCAGGAACAACCUGCAGGAUUCAGGAGUGAAACACCUGUGUGGUUUUCUGGAGAGUCCAGACUGCAGACUGCAGACUCUGAGGUUGGAGAACUGCAGUCUGUCGGAGAUCAGCUGUUCUGUUCUGGUCUUAGCUCUGAAGACCAACCCAACCAAUCUGGCAGAACUGGACCUGAGUGAGAACAAGCUGCAGGAUUCAGGCUUGAAGCAGCUGUGUGGUUUUCUGGAGAGUCCAGACUGCAGGCUUCAGACUCUGAGGUUGGAGGACUGCAGUUUCUCUGAGGUCAGCUGUGCCGCUCUGGUGUCAGCUCUGAAGCUCAACCCCUCCCACCUGACAGAACUGGACCUGAGCUUCAACAUGUUGCAGGAUGCAGGACUUCUGCAUCUGUGUGGUUUUCUGGAGAGCCCAGACGCCAGACUGAAGACUCUGAGGUUGAGCUGCUGCAGGCUGACAGGGAUCAGCUGUGCAGCUCUGGUCUCAGUGCUGAAGGUAAACCCGUCCCACCUAUCAGAACUGGACCUGAGCAGAAACAACCUGAAGAACGCCGAUGUUCAGCAGCUCUACAAGCUGAUGAUGAGUCCAGACUACAACCUGCAGACGCUGAGGUGGAACGUCUGAACAAGGGAGAGAAAGCAGGUCUGACGGUCCAAUCUCAUCUCCUCAGAGGUUCUGUUCUGGUUCCUCCAGAACCAAAGUGUCACUCAAAUAUUCGAAUUUUACCAAAAUCAGCAAAAACAAGCAGCAGGUCUGUCUGUACAUGAUGAGAGUUUGAUGGAGGGAUCAGUGGUCCCACAGAAGCAGACGUUUGUAUCCGUUUCCACGGCGCUGCAGUCCGCCAGACGCCUGAACGCAGCACCGGACUCACUUCUGACUUCACGUUUGCCGUAAAUGAUCCAGCCUGACGAACACUCGCUCCUGAAGAGUUUUCUGUGCGAAGGAUGUUGUUUUCGUGUUGCUGAACGUUGGAUCUUCUCACUUUUGUUGCUUCAUGUUGACAUGCUGCUUCCAGAACAAAACUAUGAUGAAGGUCAGCUUCACUAAGUCUGAGGUCACUGAAGAUCAAAUGAAGGAUUGUUAGCUAAAGAAAUGUCCGUUGCUGUCGUGUCGCUGACCGUCGGAUCUUCAUACUUCAUGCUGACUGUGAAUGCUGCUGCAGGAACAGAGAGGAGUCAUAAAAACACGUCAAAGCACUCACAGCUGUGACGAUGUUCAGCUUUACUAAGUCUGAGGUCACUGAGGAUCAAAUGAAGGAUUGUUAAGAUAAAGAAAUGUCCGUUGCUGUCGUGUCGCUGACCGUCGGAUCUUCAUACUUCAUGUUGACUGUGAAUGCUGCUGCAGGAACAGAGAGGAGUCAUAAAAACAUGUCAAAGCACUCACAGCUGUGACGAUGUUCAGAUUUACUAAGUCUGAGGUCACUGAGGAUCAAAUGAAGGAUUGUUAAGAUAAAGAAAUGUCCGUUGCUGUCGUGUCGCUGACCGUCGGACCUUCAUACUUCAUGUUGACUGUGAAUGCUGCUGCAGGAACAGAGAGGAGUCAUAAAAACACGUCAAAGCACUCACAGCUAUGACGAUGUUCAGCUUUACUAAGUCUGAGGUCACUGAGGAUCAAAUGAAGGAUUGUUAAGCUAAAGAAAUGUCGAUUUUGAAGGAGAUUUAUUUAAACUUUAAGAUAUUUUCUACAAUUGUUGAAUGUCUCCACUUUGUUAGCAUAAUGUCUUGAGUUUGAUGACAGCAUCUUCAUGUUUAUGUCGUUUCACUGCAGUGGAAUUUAAACAUGGAUUCAAUGUUAGUCCUCAACAUGUUUGUUAAAUGUUUCUAAUUUAACUCUUUAACAACUUUGUAGCAGCUGAGUUCGAUCAGUCGACGCUGUGAUGAUCAGUGAGUUGAAUGGCUGUCAUUCUUUUUUCUUUGUAGCCUCAUUUUCCAGGCAAAAUGUUUCAUAUUUCAUGUUAUUUUUUUAGGUGAAAACCUCAAACAAAUAAAAUGUGUCAGUAAAUCA